CCUUCUCCACUCCGCAGAAAAGAAAGGAGCUCGUGUGUGUCCCCACACGGGGGACUGUGGGCUGCCGGUUGCGGCGAUGGAGUGCGCGGCGAAGGGGCUGGCCGCGGAGCCGUGCGCCGGCGGCGUCGCCGACCGGCGGUGCGGCAGCUGCGGGGCCGUCGCCUACUGCUCCCGCGCCCACCAGAUUAUACAUUGGAGAGUUCACAAAGAAGAAUGUGAAAGGUUUGCAGAGCAAAUGAGGCGUGUCAAUCUGCUGAGCCAGUUUCCGUUCACAUUCUUGGAACCUCCUGCUCUGAACCAUGAAUUCCCAAGUGCAAGGUGCUUCUUUUUGCAAAUGUUCAAACUUCACCAGAAAGGGCUCUGGAAAUCAGAAUGUAUAUGUGGCUCAGAUGUUGCUUCUGCGAAGGACUUAAGCAUAGCAGCUGAAUGGAACUUGCAAAGCUCCCUCUGCCCAUGUACAGAACCUGAAAAUCCUGUGCCUGCGGUCCUGGCAAGCUGGGAAGACUAUUAUCAGUGGAGAUCCCUUCCCCUGCAUUCACCUGUUGCUGUUUUACUUCAUUGGCCACUUACUCUAUACCAUUGCCUUCAACUCUAUCGCCUCCAAACCUCAAAAUAUGAUGGCCAGGACACCCUGUGCAUUCACUAUUUAGGGCCUGAGAAGGAGCUCCUACAACUUGCAACAUUUGGGGAGCUACGUGCAUUAUUUCCAGGUGUGCAGAUUCACAUUGAACUUGUGGGGCCAGAAGUUCCAAAAUCUAGGGAUGGUGAGGUUGUAAACAUUUCCAGAUAUGCUCGUUGUUCUGAUGAGAGCUGCUGUUGUAAAUCUUCUAUUGGUUCUGAAGACUCGAGUUGCACUGCAGUGAGACUCAAACUGUGGAAAGGUUUCUAUCAUGAGAGAUGCAGUGAUAUAAUGAAGGACUCAAAUCCUCAUCUUAUUGUUGCCCCAAAUGCUGGUGUGGCUGCAUACCCUAGUUGGAUGCCAACUAUUGAAAUAAUAAGGCAGACUGGGAUUCCUGCAAUUUUUACGGACUUCUGUGAAGAAGCUGCAUAUUUAGCUUCCUGCUGCAUAAGCUCCAUAACUGGUCAACCCCUCAAAAUUCCAAUCCAGGUAAAUCCUUUCAGGCAACCAGUUGCAGCGGAUAACAGUGCACUAUACCUACCAUGUUAUUCAAAUUGCUUUAUUUUUGGGAUGUAAAAUUGCCACUGUCACAAGGAAAUAUUCAGAGAUUAAUUUGUUGAGAAAUGAAAUUGUAACUUUCUGAGGAAGACAACGGUGCCAUAAAAUAUAAUAAAUUUUACAUGGAUGGAAUUACCCCCUCAGUUGUGCCAGUAUAUAAGAAAUACAAAAACUGCUUGUAUUGGGGUUAGCAAGGACACUCGGUGACUAGAAGAUGGGAGGUUGCCUUUUUUGAGAGAUGAUGGAAUGGGGAUUUGAAUUUUGAUUUAUGUUGGAACAUGGGAUUCGAGAAGAUGGGAGUCAUGAAUGAUGAGGAACAUUGGAAGGACUAGGAAUCGCAUGUGUACCAGCCCAUACUAGGAGGAAAUCUACUCUGUUUGAACCUCUCUGAGAAUAUAUCAGAUGCUGCAAUUGUAUGAUAUUCAAAUCAAUUGAUUCUUGAAAUAUAGUUGCUGAACAAUUGGAAGGUGCCA